GUUUUCUUAAUUUCUGGAGUAAAUUUGUGAACGAAAGAUUCAACCAUACUACUGAGAAUGGUGACUGAUGCAAUUCAAGAAGAUAGCUGAUGACGUUGGAGACAGGACACUUAUGUGCACUGACGCUGCCCCAGACAACUCUCUCACACAUCAACCGCUGGUGAAAUAAUGUACCAGUGCAGUGCUGGUAUACAUGUCUUAUACAAACUUGUCAAUAUCGAAGAAAAUCAUUGACUGAUCUGGAAGCAUAUGAAAUCCUUGUGUGUAUACAGGAGCUAAUAUACAGAUUAAGCUCUCAGUCAUUCAAGAUAGGUAAUGGGUUAUAGUGAACAUACACAAAUACUUGGAGUAAGUCAAUAGUUAUAUAGCCUGUUCUCAAUAUGAAGAAAUACGACCAAAUUGAAAAGUUGGCAGAACAGUUUGCCAAACUUAUCAUUGCAGGAAGUGAAAGUGAUAUUCGUGAAGCACUGGAGCUUUAUGGGAAAGACAGUCGUGAACUUUGCUCCACAAUUAUCAGCAAUGGAAAUACGGGAAUUCAUAUACUCGCUCAAAGACAUAAACCAUCAAUCAUCAAGUUGGUACUGGACAAGGGAGUGGACAUAAAUGCGAGGAACAACUUCGGCUUUACUCCUUUGUAUGUUGCACUGUUCUACGGAAACGUUGAAACAGCCAAAUUCCUGAUGCGAUGUGGUGCAGAUGUGAAUAUGCUGCUGUCCAGGAAAUCUCGAACAUCUCUCCUCCAUAAAUUAACUUUUGCGAACAGGCUACAAGCUGUUCAGUUGUUGAUUGAACAUGGAGCAGACGUCAAUGCCAAAGACAGAGAGGAAAGGUCACCUCUACAUCUUGUGAUGGUCAAAGGAAACACGAAGAUGGCCACGCUACUAAUUGACAGUGGAUGUGAUAUCAAUUCAGUGGAUGAGCAGCAGAAGUCUCCCCUUCAUACAGCUCUCUUGUGCAAGAACACAGAAAUGGCCAAGCUUUUGAUACAUGCAGGAGCAGACGUGACAAUUCGAGACAGAUGUGGGAUGACGCCACUCCACCUGUCAGUGAUGGCCAAGUUCAUGGACAUGGCCAAAAUGAUCAUCAAGAGAAGUACAAUGAACAUCAACACCAAGGAAAAGCUGCUAGGCAGAACUCCCCUCCAUUUAGCAUGUGCUGACAACAACCUCAAACUUGCUUCACUUCUGCUCGAGAAUGGAGCAGACGCAACUUUGACAACAAAUUUCAGGAAGUCUCCUCUCCAUUUAACAGCAUUGUGUGGUGGAGCAGAGACGACAAAUCUCCUUUUGCGAUACACAAGCAAUAUAAACAUCCUAACAAUAAACAACAAAACCCCCCUGCAUAUUGCUGUCCAGGAAGAAAAUUUCAACGUAGCUCUAAUUCUAAUUCAAGCAGGUGCAAAUAUAAACCUUCAUGAUCUGCACGGUCUGACUGCCCUUCACUACACUGCCCAGUCUGGCAACAUGGAGUGUGCCAGACUACUCAUGAGAUAUGGGGCAAACGCGAACGACUCCGACACCCGUCAGAUGACACCUCUGCAUAUGGCCAUCCAGAAUGGUCAUAUUGAAGUGGCAAAGUAUCUUAUCCGAGCCGGUGCACGUAUUACCAUGACAGAUGAGGACAACAAAGUGCCAUUUGACUAUGAUGAGACAGGCGAGGUGAAGGCGUCAUAUGAGAGGAUGCAGGCUCGGUUACAGAGGAAACGAUCACUAGAGGCAGCUGCUGCUGCAGCAGCUCAGACUAUAGGAUGACGAGAGCAGGGAUGUUGGUGGAACUUUAACUGCUGAUGUGAGAUGGUUGGUGGAACUGCUUAUGUGAGGAAAUAUCCGUAACUGCUGAUGUUUUAUGGCAAUAUGUCUGUAUCAGAGAAAUACUGUGUACUAUUUUCUUAAGGUAAAAUAUUUCAAUCAGUAUUACAACAUAGUAAGAUCUUCAUAAGUCAUUGACUUACAUGGGGCGGUGGGGUAGCCUCAUGGUUAAAGCGUUGGCUCGUCACGCCGAAGACCCGGGUUCGAAUCCCCACAUGGGUACAAUGUGUGAAGCCCAUUUCUGAUGUCCCCCGCCG